GGGAUCAUAGCUUGCUGMYAUUUCAGUCUUUCGCCUUCAAAAUGGAAGACAAAGUYGCUCACAUGUGCUCACCAACUAAGUCUACCAUCUUGAUAUUUCAACAGUGAUGCUGUUAUUAUGCUWUGGCCAGUAUUUUCGCACUGCACUGAUCUUAAACGAGGAAAUGGUACGAGUUGAUAAGUUGAAAUGAUAACAACACAACACGACAUGAAUACUGCGGAUAUUGAGGACAUCAAGUCGAUGUUAAAUGCUCAAGUCACAAGAAUGAAUGAUUUUGAAGARCAAAUCAACAAGUAUGCUUUUUCUCAUCUAAAUAGAAAGAAAAGAUCUGCCAUACCAGAUGAAGACCAAAUGGCGGCUGAAUUGUCUGAGCUCAAAACGUACAUUCCAAAGAUCAUUCAAGCCUUGAGGGCCUUGCAGUUAGAAAAGAAAAUACCAGGACCGAGAGGACCACCAGGUCAGACCCCAAUACCACCACGAUCAGUAAUUAUUUCAACUCCACGUUUGGUUAUCAAUGAAAGUCAGUCAACCAUCUUGAAAUGUUCUGCCAGUGGAUAUCCACAACCUGUUGUUGCGUGGAGUAAAGUCAAUGGUUCRUUACCAAAAGARAGAUUUCUUGUCGACAGUAGCGGGAAACUGGAAUUAAAAAAUGCCACUAUUCAUGAUUCAGGGACGUAUCAGUGUAAAGCUUCCAAUAUUCUUGGCAGUGCAGAAGACAAAUCAGAAAUCGAAGUGAACUUUAGUCCUCGAGUGUCCUUAGUCAAAGGACCAAUCUACGAAAAGAUUGGUGAUAACAUAAGUCUACCCACUUGUUACGUGACUGGAUUCCCUGAACCAAAAGUCACGUGGUCUAAGUCUAUCGGUUCUUUGCCUGAUAAUCGUUCCGUUGUUAGAGAUGGACAGCUUACUGUACUAAAAGCUAAAAAAGAUGAUUCAGGAAUAUAUGUUUGCAAAGCUGAAAAUCGUUUUGGAUCCGCUUUGGGAUCAAUUUUGGUAAAUGUUAUCGAUCUGCCUGUAUUUGUUGUCAAGCCUCCAAAGACGUUUCCAGUUUUGGGAAAGAAAAUCGUUGUGUUGAACUGUACCGCUAUAGGUGACCCUCAGCCUGUCAUCAGUUGGAGAAAAGACAACGGCGUUCUUCCUGUUGGUAGAUAUGAAGUGAGAGAUGGCUCUUUGAUUAUAAGGAACGUCAAGAAAGCAGAUUCGGGUGUGUUUGUGUGCACUGCUACGAGUGCUGGAGUUUCUCAUUCACAUGUGCGUUCGACAUUAACUGUACCACAUGCAAACGAUUGCGAUGAGCUUUACAAAUCAGGAGAGAGACGUAACGAUGUCUACACAAUUCAACCAAACAAGCAGCCUGCAUUUCGAGUCUACUGUGACAUGACAACCGACGGUGGGGGUUGGACUGUGUUCCAACGAAGACAAGAUGGAUCGGUUGAUUUCUAUCGCAAUUGGCAGCAGUACAAAACAGGUUUUGGAAACCUGAAUGGCGAGUUUUGGUUGGGUAACGAUUACAUCCAUCGACUGACAGCAAAAGCAGCGUCGAGUCUGCGCGUUGAAAUAGAGAACUGGUAUGGAACUAGGAAGUAUGCCAAAUAUGGUAGUUUUAGUGUUGGUGAUGAAUCAGACAAGUACAGGCUGAGGGUUGGCUCGCAUUCAGGCAGUAGUACUGCUGGGGACUCGUUAGCAUAUCAUAACAACAUGGUGUUUAGUACAAAAGAUAGAGAUGAGAGCGGUAAUAACUGUUCUAACGUCUGGACCGGUGCCUGGUGGUAUAAGAGUUGUCAUGCAUCUAAUCUGAAUGGAAAGUACCUUGGAAACAWGRAGUCUGGUCAAGGARUUGUUUGGCAGYAUUWURAUGGUUUAAYAGGCUUAAAGAAAUCAGAAAUGAAAUAUAAGAUUCCGGGUCAUUUUAACUGCGUCAGUCUUCCUAUUUACCUCGAUGCUGUUGUAUUCAGUUUCCAAAGUAUGGCAGAUAAAAUCAGUCAUUCCUGCUUGGUGUCCAAGAUUGCCAUCACUCUAUCGGUCGUCAGUUUGUUGUURUGCUGUGGUGUGUUUUUAAGAACAGAAUUGAUGCUAAACGAGCUGUAUUCAAGAGACAUCAAGUUGCCAGACAAGAUGACUUCAAAACACGACAUAAACGAUGGCAUCAAUCGAUUCAGCAGAGAAGAUCACUCUAAAGAAAACGAAGCAGUUUUAAUAAGAAAAGUAAGAGAGGAUAAAAAUGAUGUCAACAACACCAUAAAGUUACUGUCUGAUUUAUUCGAUAAGAAAUUCGGGAAGUCUUGGAUUCCAAUUCCAGGACCUCCAKGUCCACAAGGAAAACCUGGUGCAAGAGGACCGCGAGGACGAAUUGGUAAAACUGGACGUCGAGGAAAACGAGGACCACGUGGUUUUCCUGGAAAGAUCGGACUUCCUGGUCCCAGAGGAAUGCCUGGACAAAAGGGAUCAAAAGGAGAUCGUGGUCUUUCCUUAGCACGUCCAACAGUACUUAUUUCACCAACACAUCUCAUCGUCAAUGAAAGCCAGUCCGCCAUCUUGCAUUGUUCCUCUAGUGGUUAUCCUCGACCUGAGAUUGUGUGGAGUAAAAACAACGGUACAUUACCACACAAACGAGCAGUAGUUGAUAGCACUGGCAAACUUGAUAUCAAACACGUGACACCCAAUGACUCAGGAAUSUAUCAGUGUAAGGCUUCUAAUCUUCUUGGCAGCACACAAACAACAGCAAAACUUCAAGUGAACUUCCCUCCCCUAAUGACCUUGAACAAAGGAACAAUAUACAGAAAGAUUGGUGAUGACAUUCGUCUACCCACUUGUGACGUGAGUGGAAUUCCUGAACCAAAAAUCACGUGGUCUAAKUCUAUCGGUUCUUUKCCGGAUAAUCGUUCUCUUUUCAAAGAUGGACAGCUUACUGUACUAAAAGCAAAGAAAGAUGAUUCAGGGAUAUAUGUUUGCAAAGCUGAAAAUCUUCUUGGUUUUGUUAUAGGAUCUAUUAUCGUAAUUGUUAUCGAUCUGCCUGUGUUUGUUGUCAGACCUCCAUCGUCACACAGAGCGUCCCCAGGGACAACUGUAGUGUUAAACUGUACCGCUAAAGGUGACCCUCAGCCUGUCAUCAGUUGGAGAAAAGACAACGGCGUUCUUCCUCUUGGCAGAUAUGAAGUACGAAAGGGCUCUUUGAUUCUAAUCAACGUCAAGAAAACAGAUUCGGGUGUGUUUGUGUGCACUGCUACGAGUGCUGGUGUUUCUCAUUCACAUGUAAGUACGACAUUGACUGUGCAUUUUCAAGAUUGUGCUGAGCUUUACAAAUCAGGAGAGAGACGUAACGGUGUGUACACAGUYCAACCCGACAABCAGCCUGCWUUUCAAGUYUACUGUGACAUGACAACUGACGGUGGGGGUUGGACUGUGUUCCAAAGAAGACAAGAUGGGUCGGUCGGUUUCUAUCGCAAUUGGCUGCUAUACAAAUCAGGUUUUGGAAACUUGAAUGGCGAGUUUUGGUUGGGUAACGAUUACAUCCAUCGACUGACAGCAAGAACAGCGUCGAGUCUGCGCGUUGAGAUAGAGGACUGGGACGGAACAAGGAAGUAUGCCAAAUAUGGCAGUUUUAGUGUUGGUGAUGAAUCAGACAAGUACAGGCUGAGSGUUGGCUCGUAUUCAGGUACUGCUGGGGACUCGUUAUCAUAUCAUAACAACAUGGCGUUUACUACAAAAGAUAGAGAUAACGACAAGCAUAGUGGUGUUAACUGUGCUACAUCAUUUACCGGUGCCUGGUGGUAUCAUAGUUGUCUUGCAUCUAAUCUGAAUGGAAAGUACGUUGGAAACAAGAAUUCGUAUAAAGGUAUAAAUUGGAACACUUUUCGUAGUAGUCAAAGUUUGAAGAAAUCAGAAAUGAAAGUGCGGCGUAGUACAUUUUAAUUCAUAACAUAACUAUCUGAACUUGGGAUUGUGAUUGUUUUAGUCAUGUACACCAGCGGGUGUGUCACUGAUAAUAUUAUUUACAAUUUCUUGCUUUUUGAGUGAAAUAUUGUAAAUGCGAUAUACUUUUGCUAAUAACUCUAGGAGUAAACCAUAAGAUCAUACUACUUCUCGUCUUGAUAUUAUCUUAUUUUGUUGACACUUUCCAGCGUAAUACAGGAGGAGCCGACGUGCUGUUCUUCUAAAUAAAUGUUUCUUGUACGAUUUUUUUCCUGGGAAAGGGAUUUUGAGCUACAUUGAUGACAAUCUCACAAUCAAAUAUGGCGCCCUUCCUUCGUUAAAAUAAUUUUGUCCCUGGCAAACGUUUUUAAGGUCAAAUAAGGCUUAUAUAACCGUUUUAUGGUCAAUUAUUUUUUAGUUAGUAAGUUUUUAUUUUCCUGGCAAAAAUUCUUAGAAAGUAUUCCUUGCCCGUAGAGUUMUUUAUUCCUGAAUUUCUCGCUGGCAACCAGUUAUGACUUACACAGCUGGCUGGGUCAUAAGAACAGUUAUAUUUCUCCCAGGAACCCGUCGGCUCCUCCUAUAAUAUCUGUUAUCAAUUAAAUCCACCAUUUUCUAUUUGUGCAGCUCUUACUAUUACAGACACGGUCAGCGAUAUUACACAAUAAAAUCCCAAGGACUUCAUAAGGAGAUCCUUUGCUUCUUUAUUUAAGAAAAUUCAAAAUGUCGGAAAUAUUAUUGGGGGAGCUGUAGCCCCCCAGCCCCCCCUGCUCCGCGGUCCCUGUUUCUAGCUAUAGCAGAUCGCAUAUCAUUUGAAAUUAUGUUAAUUAAAGAUUUUCAGUAAUUUUUCUUAUCGAGGACAUGCAUAGUCCAGAACUGGAYCCUCUUUUAUCCUUGCACGCGCGGAGUUGAAAACUAUUAUUUUGAAUCAGCGCUCUCAAUUUUCUUUAGCGCGAGCUUUGGAUUUUUAACUUUCAUUGAAUAUUAUCUAUAGAGAAAAGAGGGUCCAGUUCUGGACUAGGACAUGCAAGACUUCGUUUAUUAGCGAUUGAAAAUGUUUGUAAAUAWAUGAAGAACUGCUUCGUGUUAAAAAGUCUCAUCAACGUACGAUAAGACCCCGAGGGACCAUGGGAAGACGAGUAUUCGUUUGUGAAAUACUGUUUUUAGUAUAUGAAUUGCGUCUUUUUAUGGAAUAAAAGGCUAGAGACUGAA